AUGCUUACGUCUGUGUUGUGUAUCGCUUCAUUGAUAACCCUUCUCGAUGCUCAUAUUUCAAUAAAGAAAGAAAGAUUUGAACCAUUGUCAGAUGACAUCAUCUCGUAUAUCAAUCAACAUCCAAAUGCUGAAUGGAAAGCUGAGAAAAGCAAUCGUUUCCACUCACUGGAUGACGCACGCAUUCUGAUGGGUGCAAGAAGAGAGGAACCAGAAUUAAGAAAGAAGAGACGUCCCACAGUUGACCAUAAUGAUUGGAAUGUAGAAAUUCCAUCAAGUUUCGAUUCAAGGAAGAAAUGGCCUCGUUGUAAAAGUAUAGCGACCAUCCAUGAUCAAUCACGAUGUAGAUCAUCUUGGGCUUUCGCUGCUGUCGAUGCCAUGAGUGAUCGAAUCUGCAUACAGUCACGUGGCAGACAACCUGUGGAACUAAGUGCUGUGGAUCUAGUGAGCUGUUGCAGCGAUUGCGGAUUUGGGUGUGAUGGUGGAUUCCCUGGUCGUGCUUGGGAUUAUUGGAUAGGGGAAGGUAUUGUUACCGGAAGUUCGAAAGAGAAUCACACAGGCUGUCAACCAUAUCCAUUCCCGAAAUGUGAGCAUCAUGCCAAAGGGAAGUAUCCUGCAUGUGGUGAAAAAAUCUACAAAACUCCUCGUUGUAAACAGACAUGUCAGAAAAGUUACAAAAUCCCAUAUAUCCAAGACAAGCAUCGAGGUACAUUAUCCUACAAUGUUGCUGAUAAUGAAUUGUCUAUUCAAAAGGAAAUCAUGAAGUAUGGACCAGUAGAAGCAAGUUUCACCGUUUAUGAAGAUUUUCUAAAUUACAAAUCUGGGAUCUAUGAACAUAUUACUGGGGAACCAGUUGGUGGACAUGCCAUACGUAUAAUUGGAUGGGGUGUGGAAAAAGACACUCCUUAUUGGUUGAUCGCGAAUUCGUGGAAUGAAGAUUGGGGUGAAAAUGGAUAUUUCAGAAUACUACGUGGUCACAAUGAGUGUGACAUAGAAUCCUACGUAAUAGCUGGUCGGAUUAACUAA